GAAGCAGUUCCGGGAAACCCCGCGUGCUGCCGGGAUCGCGUCUCGGUGCAUGAGGGGGGGAGGGGGUGGCGCGCGCGCCAUUUCUAGUCGUUUUCAAAGCGCCUCGCGCUGAUUCUCACGGGCCAGGCCGCCGGCCCCUGCUCUGCCCUGCAUAAUAAAAUGGCUAAUCAGGUGAAUGGUAAUGCGGUACAGUUAAAAGAAGAGGAAGAACCAAUGGAUACUUCCAGUGUAACUCACACAGAACACUACAAGACACUGAUAGAGGCAGGCCUCCCACAGAAGGUGGCAGAAAGACUUGAUGAAAUAUUUCAGACAGGAUUGGUAGCUUAUGUCGAUCUUGAUGAAAGAGCAAUUGAUGCUCUCAGGGAAUUUAAUGAAGAAGGAGCUCUGUCUGUGCUACAACAGUUCAAGGAGAGUGACUUAUCACAUGUUCAGAACAAAAGUGCAUUUUUAUGUGGAGUUAUGAAGACUUACAGGCAAAGAGAGAAACAGGGCAGCAAGGUACAAGAAUCCACAAAGGGACCUGAUGAAGCAAAAAUCAAGGCCUUGCUUGAGAGGACUGGUUAUACACUGGAUGUAACCACAGGACAGAGGAAGUAUGGUGGUCCUCCACCAGACAGUGUUUAUUCUGGUGUACAACCUGGAAUUGGAACAGAGGUCUUUGUAGGUAAAAUACCAAGAGAUUUAUAUGAGGAUGAGUUGGUGCCCCUUUUUGAGAAGGCUGGUCCCAUUUGGGAUUUACGUCUCAUGAUGGAUCCACUGUCUGGGCAGAACAGAGGAUAUGCAUUUAUCACCUUCUGUGGCAAGGAAGCUGCCCAGGAAGCAGUUAAACUGUGUGACAGCUAUGAAAUUCGCCCUGGUAAACACCUUGGAGUAUGCAUUUCUGUGGCAAACAACAGACUUUUCGUUGGAUCCAUUCCAAAGAAUAAGACUAAAGAAAACAUCCUGGAAGAAUUCAGUAAAGUCACAGGUUUAACAGAGGGUUUGGUGGACGUUAUUCUCUAUCAUCAACCCGAUGACAAAAAGAAGAAUCGGGGAUUCUGCUUCCUUGAAUAUGAAGAUCACAAGUCAGCAGCACAAGCCAGACGCCGGCUGAUGAGUGGAAAAGUAAAAGUAUGGGGAAAUGUAGUUACAGUUGAAUGGGCUGACCCUGUUGAAGAACCAGAUCCAGAAGUCAUGGCUAAGGUGAAAGUUUUAUUUGUGAGAAACUUGGCUACUACAGUGACAGAAGAAAUAUUGGAAAAGUCAUUUUCUGAAUUUGGAAAACUUGAAAGAGUAAAGAAGUUGAAAGAUUAUGCAUUUGUCCAUUUUGAAGACAGAGGAGCCGCUGUUAAGGCUAUGGAUGAAAUGAAUGGAAAAGAAAUAGAAGGGGAAGAAAUUGAAAUAGUGUUAGCUAAGCCACCAGACAAGAAAAGGAAAGAGCGUCAAGCUGCUCGACAGGCUUCCAGAAAUACUGCCUAUGAAGAUUAUUACUAUCAUCCUCCUCCUCGAAUGCCUCCUCCAAUGAGAGGUCGAGGUCGUGGUGGAGGGAGAGGUGGAUAUGGCUACCCUCCAGAUUACUAUGGCUAUGAAGAUUACUAUGAUGAUUACUAUGGUUAUGAUUAUCACGACUAUCGUGGAGGCUAUGACGAUCCCUACUACGGCUAUGAUGAUGGCUAUGCAGUAAGAGGAAGAGGAGGAGGAAGGGGAGGGCGAGGUGCUCCACCACCACCAAGGGGGCGGGGAGCACCACCUCCAAGAGGUAGAGCUGGUUAUUCGCAGAGGGGGGCACCUUUGGGACCACCAAGAGGUUCUAGGGGUGGCAGAGGGGGUCCUGCACAACAGCAGAGAGGUCGUGGUUCCCGUGGAGCUCGGGGAAAUCGUGGGGGCAAUGUAGGAGGCAAGAGAAAGGCAGAUGGGUACAACCAGCCUGAUUCCAAGCGUCGACAGACCAACAACCAACAGAACUGGGGGUCCCAGCCCAUCGCUCAGCAGCCGCUUCAGCAAGGUGGUGACUAUUCUGGUAACUAUGGUUACAAUAAUGACAACCAAGAAUUUUAUCAGGAUACUUAUGGGCAACAGUGGAAAUAGACAAGUGAGGGCUCGAAAAUGAUACUGGCAAGAUACGAUUGGCUCUAGAUCUACAUUCUUCAAAAAACAAAAUUGGCCUAACUGUUUCAUCUUUUAAGUAGCAAUUUGCUGCCAUUUGUAUUGAGCUGAAGAAAUCACUAUUGUGUAUAUAUUCAAGUCUUUUUAUUUUUCUUCUUUUCAAAGAUGCUCUUGGACAUUAUUGGGCUUGCAGAGUUCCCUUAUUCUGGGGGUUACAAUGCUUUUAUUGUUGUAGGCUUCAUUUUAGCUUCAGCAAAAGCUGUUAAAUCAUGAUUUUGCAGAAACCUUUGGUUUGGACAGUUUCCUUUUUUUUUUUUUUUUGAUUUGGGAUAGAUUACAUAGGAGUAUGAAGUAUGCUGUAAAUAAAAAUACAAGCUAGUGCUUUGUCUUAGUAGUUUUAAGAAAUUAAAGCAAACAAAUUUAAGUUUUCUUGUAUUGAAAAUAACCUAUGAUUGUAUGUUUUGCAUUCCUAGAAGUAGGUUAACUGUGUUUUUAAAUUGUUAUAACUUCACACCUUUUUGAAAUCUGCCCUACAAAAUUUGUUUGGCUUAAACGUCAAAGCCGUGACAAUUUGUUCUUUGAUGUGAUUGUAUUUCCAAUUUCUUGUUCAUGUAAGAUUUCAAUAAAACUCAAAAAUCUAUUCAAAACA